AUGGACCAUCGCAUGAUGCUGCUAAGCGUUGUGCUGUUGCCUGCAGUGGUUAACGCAUCCAAAGGAGGAUACACUACCUCGGGCCUCGAGAGUUUCGUGAAUGGAUUGCCUCAAACAGUCAAGAAGCUGGUGGGGAAGGGAAAUCCUGCGGACGAAGCGUUCAAGGCUCUGAAGAUUGAUACAUCGGUGGAUAACGUUAUUCGUGUGGUCACCAGCUCGCAGUUCUCCAAGUGGAUCCAAUACGUGGACGAUUUCAACAAGAAGAACCCCAGCAAGCAACUCUCCUUCUACUCAACUUUGGUAAAACACUACGACAACGCAGCUCUGGUCAAGCUGAUUGAGCAGGCGAAGCUGGCUCCAAGCACACAGGCGAUCGGCAAGCGAUUGCAAGCUGAGCAGCUCCGAACUUGGCUGGACACCCGUGUAUCAGCUGAAGACGCCUUUCAAAUACUCCAACUUAGUAAGGCAAAGUCCAGACUUUUCGCGAGUCCGUACUUGGGUACUUGGGUCAACUAUGUGGAUGAUCUGGACAAGCGCUAUCAUCAGAAGAAGUUGACGGUUCCACUACUCAAGAAAUACUACAGCGAUAAAGCACUGGCCAAGCUUAUUGAAGACGCGGCGAAGGUCCCGACCACGGAAAAUAUUGCUUACAAGUUGCAGAAGCAGCAGUUUGAAACGUGGUUCAAAAGCGGGAAAUCUCCAGCUGAGCUUGAAGAAUCUAUUGGAGAACCACUGUUCAACUCGUGGCACGCGUACAUGCAGUACUACAACCUCAUGAAGCCUGCAGAGCGAACGACGGUGAUCGAAAUCUUAACGCCCCACUUUCGUAAUGAGGCAGUGUGGAGAAUGAUUCAAGAUGCGAAAGAAGUCUCGAGCACGAAGAAUCUCGCCUCGUACUUGGAGAAAUCGUUGGGCAAGAUGCUGCUGGAAGAAGAUUGGAGCCCCAAGAGUGUCUCGAAGCUUCUGAAUCUGCAAGCAACCGACAGCGACUUUUUGAAAAGUUACACUGCGACUUUCAAAAAGCGAAAUGAUUAA